UUUUAACUUAUCCAAAAUUGCAAAUAUUUUAUUCAUUUAACGCUCGCGCAUCAUUUGCAUUGAGAUAUUCUUUCAGUAAUGGCCGGCAACACGAAACGGUAUCCGAAGUUGCGCUUUGCUCUGAUCACAGAGGAUGCCCUAGAUAAGUUGCGCCCCGAGACGAGACCGACCGACUCGCACCUAAUGGAGGUCAAGGAUAUGUACGAGACGAUUAGUAAUACGGUGAAUCUGGCAGUAGAAAAAAAGCUAAGGAAUCUCAGGCUGCACAAACUAGAUGAGAUUAUUGAGGAAAAGAUAUCCCUAUACCACGAUCGUCAGCGAAAAUCACUGCGUGGCGAGGAGUCGCCCAAAUCAUAUGGAACCGAGGAGUCCACAUACACAGCCUCUGACUACACAUUCAAGCCAACCAAGGUUCGUGCUAAUAGAUUAGCUUCUCCCUCACCGAAAGAACCACGAACCAGAAAGACCAGCAAGAAAGAAGCGUACACCAACGAUUUUCCUUUUAAGCUCAGGACCUCCGAUUACAAGGCGACAACAUCUAAUAAUAAUAUGACUAGGAGUGGGAGUGGAGCUCGACGAAAUUCGGUCGCCGAAAUGAGGAAACAUGACUCGUCUCUCGACAUCUCAGCAAAAUAUUUUAAAGACUUGAGUCACCGAAACAAGCGCAAACAAUGAAAAAUGAUGAUGAUGGCAACCAAGUGGACUAUACUCGACUCAUAUUUUCAUUUAUGAUUAUAGUCAUGCCCAUGUUUCAUUAUCCCAGACGAUUCUUUUAAGCCGACCACAGAUCAUACGAUCGAUCUAAAACAAGCUGAACAGUUGCAAACUUCAAAUAUGCUGAAGAAUUUGAGAGAUCUCAUCAAGGUGACAUAACGUCCUACAAAUUCCAGGAAUCAUAAAUCUUUUCGCUGAACUAAAUUGUAAAUUUCUUAUACUGCCAAGU